AUGGGAGAAAGCUCAACCCCGUCAAUGUCUGAAGAACCUCCGCGAACUUCAUCUCCACGACGAUCAAAUAUUCCUGAAAAUUUAAAACUGACUGUCCCCGAUGGCUCUUCCCCGAAAGUCGUUAACUUGCCUCAACCCCCAAAUGAUGAACUGCGAGAAUCGAGCUCCAGCGCCCCUACGAGGAGCGAUCUGAAUGGAUCAAACGGUGCACAUGUUAUUCGCAGGAAACCUGUGGUUUUGGGACCAGCAUUCGAGCCUUCCCGGUCAACACCUUCUGAACGUAAUAUCGAAAAUGCUGCCGAAAGUGACAUUCCUGAUCGCCAAGGAGAUGCUGUCACUCAGCCUAAGCCCUCAUCUGUCCCGUCGAGGAACCCGUCGGGCAGAUCUUCUAAAACAAAGCAGAAGAAGGCGCCAGGGUUCUCAACUCCGCAGGGACGCCGAAGCGUACAGUUUGCCAGAACAGCUUCCGGUAAUGAAGGUGAAGGGGAGGAGCAAGGGGAAGGCGAAGGGGUACCGCAUUCCCAAGCGUCCUCGAUAGGCCCAGAAGAUGGCGAUCUUUUGUCAAAGGACCGUCGGUUGCACUCAUCCCUCUUCUCCAAGUUAAAGGCAUUUGCUGCUUCUCCUUCCUUCCCGACGCAUAAUCGUACUGCAAGUGGCAUGACAAUCGGAGACGAGCCAAUGGAACCCAGGCCAUUAGGCGGCACCGCUAGUCCGAGGUCUGAAAGAGGGGAUUUCCGUUUCCCCAAUACACUUGAGGAGGAAGGAAGUGAAAUGGAUGCUGAUGCUGAAUCUAGCUCUGGGGAACAAGCAGCCGGUAUCAGGAAAAAGAAGAGAAAAAUCAGAAGACCCCCUGCUACAGGAUCUCGUACCGCUCCCAGCACUCCCAAAUCAAGUAUUCGACCACAGUUCCCGUCCAGGGGUUCCUUCACCCCCGGUGACAGCUUUCGUGGGGGCCAUUUUUCUCGGAGGGCCGAUACAAAUGCCGUUCCUCCUCAGGUCCGCGAGGGGUUUUCCGAAGAUGAAGGACGAGAAAGGUUGAAACGCGAUAAUAUGUGGAGGAGACGAAAUGGAUGGCUGCAGAGCGCUCGCGGUUUGAGCUACAGUGGCCCAAGUCGACCAGAAGGCCGAGGUUCUCAAGACGAGAAAAGACAUAGCAAUUUUCGACGGUUAGCAGGGUUUGGCGGCCAAUCAGAUAAUCCUGAUGGCAUUGCUGCGACUUGGAGAAGACACAAGGGAGAACGUGGCACCAGCCUCAGUGCCCAGAAAUGGCGACAGAUCAAAGCUGGGUUGAAAAUGAUCGGUCAGCGCAAGAAAGUUGAAACCACUGUGGAUCACGUAAAGUCUGCGGAGUUAUUGGCUGAACUUGCUUCCGGAAUUCCUGCUGCUCUUUUGCUGGCGAGUAUGUUCCAAAGGGACGAGCAUGGAAGCAGACGCAUUCCUAUCCUCCUUGAGCAACUGAAGGUUCAUAUCACCGACAGCAAGUUCGACCCCCACUCUAAUGAUCGUCAUUUGGUCUUUCGAAUAGAACUUGAGUAUGGCAGCGGAAUGACCCGAAUGAAGUGGGUAAUCCACAGAACCCUUAGGGAUUUCGCGAACCUCCACAUAAAAUAUAAACUCCAGAUCGGGACCCAGAGGUAUAUCCAGCUCAAGGCCCAUGACACAACACAUCCACUUCCCCAUUUCCCAAGAAGUGCCUUCCCUUAUCUCCGGGGUGUUCGAGACUUGGAGAGCGAAGGAGAAGAGGAGGCUGAUGACGUAGGCGAUGAAACUGCAGCUGAAGGUACCAGCGGCAACGAAAGAGCAAACAAGAAAAAGAAACGCCGCUCAUCAUUCGGUAUUUCCCGGAGGCGGUCAAGCUUGACUGCCCCAGCAGAAAGUGGUGCUUCAGGGGCUUUGGAACCGGGUGUCGUGCGCCCAGCGUCCAUUGGAGGUGGAGCAGUUAAAAGGGAAUCGUAUCCCGAACGGCAACGGAAAAAGCUCGAGAUAUAUCUCCAGCAAAUGAUUCGAUUUCUUAUCUUCCGCCCUGACAGCAACCGUCUUUGCAAGUUUUUGGAACUUUCAGCAUUAGGCGUCCGGCUGGCAGCAGAAGGGAGUUACCAUGGCAAGGAAGGGUUCCUGGUAAUUCAGUCAUCUAAAGGGCUCGACUUCCGCAGAGCUUUGAACCCAUCCAUGAUUAAAUCGCGUCAUUCGCCAAAGUGGUUUUUAGUCCGUCAUAGCUACGUCGUUUGUGUUGAUUCGCCUGAAGGAAUGAACAUUUACGAUGUGUUUUUGGUAGACCCUUUCUUCCAAAUUCAACCCCAGAAGGUACGGCUACGUGACCAAAAACCGAAACAGUUGGCCCAAUCCGCAAAAGAGUCGGCGGCGCAUCCGCAGCACCAUACUCUAAAGCUUCAGAACUCUGAACGUAAGCUGAGACUGCUAGCUCGAAAUGAGCGUCAGCUACAUCAGUUUGAGGAUUCAAUUCGAUUUAUGGUGGACAACACGCCUUGGUCUAAACCUAACCGAUUCGAUAGCUUCGCCCCUGUACGUCAGAAAUGUUUUGCUCAAUGGCUAGUUGAUGGACGUGACUAUAUGUGGGUUGUAUCUAGAGCCAUAAACCAGGCUAAGGAUGUCAUCUAUAUUCAUGACUGGUGGUUGAGUCCCGAACUCUACAUGCGACGACCAGCAGCUAUCAGCCAGAAAUGGAGACUGGACCGACUCCUUCAAAGGAAAGCGCAGGAGGGUGUCAAAGUUUUUGUGAUCAUGUAUCGAAAUAUCAACUCUGCUAUCCCGAUCGACUCGGAGUACUCGAAAUUUUCGUUGCUGGAUCUACAUCCAAAUAUCUUCGUGCAAAGAUCUCCAAAUCAAUUUAGACAAAACACGUUUUUCUGGGCCCACCACGAGAAAUUGUGUCUUGUUGACCAUACCCUUGCAUUUAUCGGAGGCAUUGAUCUCUGCUUUGGAAGAUGGGAUACCCCACAGCAUCUCGUUACAGAUGAUAAAUUAACAGGGUUUGAGCUCACUGAUGUUCCCAAGGAUGCGGAUCAUUGUCAACUCUGGCCAGGGAAAGAUUAUUCAAACCCGAGAAUUCAGGAUUUCUACGAUCUCGAUAAACCGUAUGAAGAGAUGUAUGACCGUGAGGUUGUUCCUAGAAUGCCAUGGCAUGAUAUUUCCAUGCAUAUAGUAGGACAACCAGCCCGUGAUCUCACCAGGCACUUUGUUCAGCGGUGGAAUUACAUCCUACGACAAAGAAAACCUACACGGCCAACCCCAUUCUUACUCCCCCCACCUGACUUUAAUCCUGCAGACUUGGAAUCACUUGGGCUCGAUGGCACUUGCGAAGUUCAGAUCUUGCGGUCGAGCAGCACAUGGUCAACUGGAACGUCUGACGUGACUGAACACAGUAUCAUGAACGCAUAUCUCAAGACGAUUGAGCUAUCUGAUCAUUUCGUCUAUAUCGAAAACCAGUUUUUCGUGACUAGCUGUGAAAUAGAAGGGAAGAAAAUUGAAAAUCGGAUUGGAGAUGCCCUCGUAGAGCGGAUAAUCCGAGCUGCAAGAAACGAUGAGGAUUGGCGGGCUGUGAUAUUGAUACCCCUUAUGCCCGGCUUCCAAAACCAGGUUGAUACGGAAGGGGGCACUAGUGUUCGUUUGAUCAUGCAAUGUCAAUAUCGGAGCAUCUGUCGCGGAGAGACAUCCAUAUUCGGACGGCUUCGAGCCGCUGGUAUCGAACCUGAGGACUACAUCCAAUUCUUCAGUCUAAGGUCAUGGGGGAAAAUUGGCCCUCGGAAACUUCUAGUCACGGAGCAGUUGUACAUCCACGCCAAGUGUAUGGUUGUUGAUGAUCGAGUCGCUAUAAUCGGCUCCGCAAAUAUAAACGAACGUUCUAUGCUUGGGUCGAGAGACUCCGAGUGCGCUGCAAUCGUUCGUGAUACAGAUCUAUUAUGGUCUACGAUGGGCGGGAAGCCGUACCUUGUUGGCCGCUUUUCUCACACACUUCGUAUGCGGCUGAUGAGAGAACACAUCGGUAUCGACGUUGACGAAAUUAUGGAGCAAGCGGUAGAGCUCGACAACGAAAUGGCCAAGUCGAAUGGGCAGGCCGAACCGAACAUCCCCCAUAACUACAGUGACGAGAUGCUGGAUCAUGGUUAUGAUGAAGCGACCGAAAAACGAGACGAGAGGGAACUUUUGGAGCGAAGACACCGGAUCCAAGACGAAUUCCUCGCCAGGUCGGAGGAACUGCACAGUUUCAACCAUGAUGUUGAUUGGGAACAGGCUAACAAUCCCAACCUCAAGUCCAACAAAAAGCUCACUGAGGACUCGAGAAUAAUGAGGAAUGAAGAUCAUAAAAAGGAUUUGGAAGGCCUUGGAGUUGACCAGAUGAAACUCAUUCAGGAGGCUGGACAGGGCGAUGGCCGUGAUUCUUUCAUGGUGGGCGAUCGCGUGGAAGUCCUCGCUCAAGGUUCGUCUGUAGAUGGGAAACCGGGAAGGGGCAAAUCUAAACUGCGCAAGGUGUCUCCAUCUCAAAUUGGAGGAGAACAAGACAAAAACGAAGAAGUCCCUCCACCCACAGCAAACAGCUUCGGCCGAAGUGUCUCUAGUUCCAGGCCAACUACUCAGCCGGCGCCUAACGACCUUCCUACCACCGUUGAUCAUCACUCACAGCAUGAUGCCCAAGAUUAUUCCGGAGAUACCCAUCCACUAUCAUCUGACAUCAAUCGCCCCAUUGUUGACAAGGACUGCAUGAGGGAUCCUCUAAGCGAUACGUUUUAUUUGGAUAUCUGGCAAACAAUAGCAGAGAACAACACGAAACUGUAUCGAAGCGUAUUUCGCUGCAUGCCUGACAACGAGGUUAAGACAUGGAAAGAAUAUAAAGAAUAUACGGCCUAUGCGGAACGUUUUGCUGAUAUGCAGAACAGCCAAUAUUACAAGAAUGUCAAAACUCAUCCAGAGGCUACCGCACAAAGUGGCCCACCUGGCAACAGCGGCGUGGCCGGUAGUACCCUUGGCAAGGUGGGAGAUGGCUUAAAGGAGAAAAUCACUGGUACGGUGAGCAACGAAGCUGCUGCGCAAGCAGAGUUGAAACAUUGGGCGUCAGAAGCAAAUAAGGCGCAAAUAGAGAGGGAACAGCUGGAACUGUCCCAGCAGGAAACCGGUAUAUCCAUGGGAGAAAAGGAUCCCUUGAAGGCCACGGAGACGAAGUCGACGAAUUCCAGCUAUAACGUCGACGGCACUGUUCAAUCGAUCCCCGAAACGGAGAAAAGUCCACAGAAACCUGCUGAUGGGAGCCUGCAACCAAAUGCCACACAGCCCCAGAGGCGGAGACGCAGGGCCACCACCCGCAGUUCGCGACGAGAGUUUCACGCUUCUGAUGAUAUUAUAUCGAAAGCUGAAGCGGAGGAGUUGAUGAAUUCGGUCCAAGGUCACCUUAUAGUUUGGCCGUACGAAUGGUUAGUAGCAUUUCUUGAGGAUCCCAAAACAGCGAGCGCAUUGCAGAUUUUGGGCAAAACGUGGCAAACUAACUUUCUGAUCGUGGCGUAUAUAGGUUGGAGCGAGAAGAACAAGGAGGAAACUGGCUAUACACGUUGGACCAGAUAUCUCCUUUGGAAAUAUAGUGAGUUUCCUACCUAUUUCCCUUAG